AUGUCUGACAAGAAGAUACAGCACGCUCUCAAAAAGGUAUACGGGGUGAGCACAAGUGCGAAACAGCUGAAUCGUUUGAGGACCAAGAAAUGGGGCAGCAUGAGUGCUGAUCAAGCACAAAAGUCUGAAGAUCAGCGACCGUAUUCUCGAAGCAUUCAGGAGACUACCAUAUUGCCUUCCCCAGUCCAAGCUGGUUUCUACCAAGACGAUAUCAGGACGCGAGAAGACAAGGUACAACAUUGGGUGAAUUCAUAUAUCGACUGCUACUUCACUGCCAACCAGGCUGCAGUAAGGGAGUUUGAUCUGCUGUAUUCUACUCCCGGCGAGGACUACCAGAUCAGCUGGCAAGAGCUGAACCAGAUCACAAUCGGACUCCCUGACCUCAUGAACCCAAAGGCUCAAGCGAAGUUCUCACAGACCUGGCGUCAGAUUCUUGACGGGGUGCGAGCCGCAAUCCGAGCGACCAGGGAAGCCAACGCUCUCAUAUUCUUUUGGAGAAUCUGCCGACAGCUGUUGGACAUGCAACAAACAGAGGACGCACAACAUUGGUUUCGCAACGAAUAUCCGAUCGAGGCCCUAUUUGCAGCCAUCCUGGCAGAAACAGAGAAUGAUCAAAACGGCCUCCCUCUUCUGUUGAAUCGCUUGAUUGAGGUUGUGUACACGGCUCCUCGUGACGAAGUGACUGGCCUCCUUGAACGAGGUUACUUUCACGCCAUUCGGCGACUAAGAAUUGCCUGGCCUACGGAAACCUUCACGAUCCCGCAGAUGGAAACAAACUACCUUAUCCGCUGGAACGAGACGACUUCCCAUGUCCGGCCGCUCAGCAGUGAAUACGAAAAGCUCAUUUUAUGCGCCCUCGAGAAGUUUGGAGAGGACGACGAGCGCGUGUUCAUCUUCCGGCACCAGUUUCUUUUUUUCCUGUCACGAUGUGUGCAAGAUCCGACGGUCAUUCACUGCACUGCAAAGCGCCUUUACAGAAAAGCCAAAGAUGUGCUGGUGAAGAGGCCAGGCUUUAUCUGGAAUGGGGUCCCGAGAGCCUUGGGAUUUGCAGCGAGGAUCCUGAUGACUGUCCACGGCCAAACCCUGCUCGACGAUGUCGGAGAAGAUGAUCGUCGGAAUGCGAUUGCUGCAGGAUUUGCAUACCCAACUGACGCCUACAAUUUAUAA